CCGCCAGCAGUCAGUCUGACCGUAGAAGAAGAACCGCGUUCACGUGACAGCUUUGUUUACGUGGUGACGUGUACCGGAAGACACGUUAACUUGACAACGGCUUGAGCGGAUUCUGUGGAGGACAGGUGUUGGCAGUGCAUUGAUACAUUUCUGUUCAUUAAACAAGUAAAGGCGUCAUUUUCGCGCAUUUUUCGUUCUUCUUUCUCAAAGUCGUAAACAGAUGCGGAAGAGCAGCGACAUUUUACGUAGCUUGGAUUAGCUGUGAAGUGGCCCUGCUGUGGACAGGCUUUUCAUGAAGCUGCCAUUUGUUUCCUGGAGCCAUGGCCAGUCCAAAUGAUCUACGAUUUCAAGAGUUUGAGGAGGCGGCAGACCUGUUGUCUGCAGACCCCGGGGCCUCCACGGUCAGCAUGUCUGCAUCAGCCCCCCCCACCUCAGCAGCUGGAUCUGCAGCAGCCGGGGAGGACGUGAAGUUAGACCUGUCUGACGACGAGCAGGGCCAGGAGGAGCAGUCGGAGCUUUUAGGCGGACAGAAACCGAGCGGCGGCGGCUUCUGGACCUUUGAGUACUACCAGUCUUUUUUCAACGUGGACACGGUGCAGGUCCUGGAUAGACUCAAGGGCUCAGUGAUGCCACUUCCUGGAAGAAACUUCAUUAAACACUACCUUAGAAAUAACCCGGAUCUUUAUGGUCCGUUCUGGAUUUGUGUGACUCUGGUGUUCUCAGUGGCCAUCAGUGGGAACCUGUCCACCUUCUUCCACGACAUGGGAAACCCCUCCUACCGUUACAGGCCGCAGUUCCACAGAGUGACCAUAGCAGCCGUGGUCAUCUUCAUGUACGCCUGGCUGGUCCCGGUGGCCCUGUGGGGUUUCCUGACCUGGAGACAAGGGGCUGAGAGGCAGAUCGGGGGUUACUCUUUCCUGGAGACUGUGUGCGUCUACGGCUACUCCCUCUUCAUCUACAUCCCCACAUCAAUUUUGUGGAUCAUACCGUACGAGUGGCUGCAGUGGACGCUGGUCCUCGUUGCCAUGGCGAUCUCUGGCUCCGUCCUGGUCCUGACCUUUUGGCCCGUGGUCCGCGACGACACCAGGGUUAUGGCGGUGGCUACCGUGGCAACCAUCGUGGCUCUGCACACGCUGCUGGCUAUCGGCUGCAAGCUCUACUUCUUUCAGUCGGCCGUCCACACAGAGCCACCGGCCCCCACCAGCCCCCCGGUCCACACCACUCUGGUCGCCAAGCCUCACUGACCAAAGCCUGGCGGCCAGCGGUGUCCAGCAUCCCUCUGUGUGGUCGUCACAUCAAGAGCUGCUCCCCGUUAGAUCCACUGUGGGGUUGUUUGGGAAUGGAAGCGUUCAAACGGCCUGGCACAGCCUCUGUAAAACUUAUUCCACUCCUGCUACCAAAAAUAAGACGAUUCAAAUCCUCGAUACGGGAGAAAAGGUGGGACUCCUGAAUCAGCCAGAGCAAGAGACCACCAGUCCCACCGUCUGUAGCAGCAACACGCUGUAGAAUCAUGAAGUGGAAAUCCUCAUUGGUGGUGGAAGAAAUCUUUACUUUCUGCAAACUUUUACCACGAAUUGUAUUAACUUCAGAACCUGAAAUGUUAGAUCGCUGCAUAACCAGUUAAUUUACUUCUUGAACUUGCUCGAGAAAGGUCAUUUGUUGAAAAAAAAGGAAGCUUUUCCAGACUGUGAAGUAUUCAUUCUCCAUCUGUAAACUGAAAAGGGCAAUCAUACUGAUGAAAGGCCUCAAAUGAUCACAAUGAUUCAGGAGGAGAGACGGUUUAAAUUAAGGACAAUAUUUAUGUCUGCAGAAUUAUUUAUUCCUUACUGUGAUGCUGCUGAGGGUUUGUGGUAAUAAACUUAAUAUGUUUACUCUUUAUUUGUGGCCUGUCAUUACUUCUGCUCUUCCGUUUGUUCAGCCCAUGUCCCUGUUCUC